UUUGUGUAUGCUUGGAAAAAAGAAGAAUGUAAGACAUUCAUGCCUGCAGCUGCGGUUAUAGCAACAACAAAUCCAAUCUUUAUAUUUUUGCAAGUCCAAAGUUGAGUUGGAAGCAUAAAGAGCCUACGUUAUUUCAUUGUAGGACCUGUAAAACCCAUCUCUUGGACUGGAUGUAUCCAACUGAACACAAGCGGUGGCACUGAUGCUGUUAGAUCGGUUUACACUGUUUGGGUGGUUUUUUGUCCCUUACUAUGGGUGAAAACGUUGCUCCUUGGCCGUCCUACAUCUUGCAGCCUUGCUCAGGUCGCUCUAAUCGCCUUAAUUCCUGCUCUGCUCGGGCUCACAGCCCCAUCUGGUGGCACAGGGGCUCCUGCCGCUCUCUGUAGCAGAGCUGCCAGCACCGACUCUCAAAUCAAAGGCAAAAAAUACCCCGAGCUGCUGAGCUGGCGUCUUCGCAGUCUCACUGGUUGACAGCAGAGGAGAGGAACCAAGUUUUGCUUGAUCUCAAAGCUUCAGGCUGGUCUGAGUCAGGCGAAAGAGAUGCCAUCUACAAAGAGUUCAAUUUCAAAAAUUUUAAUCAGGCUUUCGGAUUUAUGACACGUGUUGCUCUACAAGCAGAGAAGAUGAAUCACCACCCGGAAUGGUUUAAUGUCUACAGCAAGGUUCAGAUAACUCUGAUUUCCCACGACUGCGGUGGACUGACCAAGAGAGACGUGAAGCUGGCUCAGUUUAUUGACAAAGCUGCUGCCUCGGUGUAACAAAGAUGUAAAAUGUUUUAAUAAGUGCCCACCAACGUUUUGUAUUUAAACGGUAUCCCUCAUUCCUUGUAACCCUGAUUUCACAAAACCCCUAAAAGAAGAUAUUUUGUAGAAAGAGUGGCUUAGCUUGCUUUGCCUUUUAGUCUGAAACCCUUCUAGAUGCCUGUGCUUGUCCUUUGCCAUUGCUGGCUCUGCCUGAGGAUGUAACAGCUAAACCAACAACAAAUAAGGUUUGAAAAAUCCUUUUCUAGAAGCUAAAACUAUCUGGAAUGAAAGCAGGCGUCCACCCGCACAUGUUGGUGUUCCCCAAGUCCACGGGAGCCGAGGCUGAUGGCAGCUGCCACGUGAGCCUGCUCUGUGCCUGGCCACUUCCCUCCUGAGAUCUGUAUCUCUCUGCACUUCAGACAGCGUUAAGAGCAUUCAGGCUGGGUCAGUCCCCUCUGGCUUGGUGCCUCCCUCUCUGCCCGUGACCGGUGGCAAGGCAAGGGAUGCUGGUGAGAGCAGCGCAAGCAGCUGAUGAUCUUUCCUUGAGGUUGGAGCUCAACCAGCAGUUAAAACUUUGCAUUUCGGUGUUUAUUCUGUGCUUGUCCGAUGGCUCUUCAAAUGUAUCUGCCCUUUUGGCACCCACAGCCUGGCAGCUAUACCCUGCAAAAGGCUUGCUGCGUGCUUGAGAACCAUUCCCAUCUGAGAUGCAGGCCUGGAUCCUGCCGUUGCUGAAAACUUUAACUCUGGUCCAACAAAUACAAAAAAAUUCCAGUGAACUCCCGGCACUCACAUCAUUAAAUGAAGCCUGUGCUUAAGUGGUUGGCUGGGCCGGGUCAGUGCUCAGCACCUUGCAGGAUCGAGCCAUUAUUUGAGCUGUAACGCUCCCAUACCUGCUGGAUCAGGGGUGGCUUGGCUGAGUGCCCGGAGCACUGGCCAGAGCUGCCGGCGGUGGAGGAAGCGGCAUUAGCAGGAUUCUUGCUAAGCUGGGCUCGGCUGAAGCUAUGCUCAUUGCAAACAUUGUUCCAAGAGCUGCAGAUCCCACUGAUGAGCUUUAAAAUAAUUUCUUCCGUGGUUUCAAAGUCUUUGUUUUUAUCCUAUGAUCCUCACCAAGACAGAUUUCCACUGCCGGCAGGGAGAUUUCAACCUGCUUAAGGCUUGCAGAAGGGCCUCUCGCUCUGCAAUCCUGCUGCCAAGUGUCCCCAACAUGCACCGUCAUGCCCAGCGAGCAGCUCUGGGUGCGGAGCUCCUGGGAGAUUGACACCUCCAAAAUGCCUGAGUGCAUUGCUAGAAUGACACCGGCGGCACAGCUACCAGCUACCGAGAAGCGAGAUACAAACUGAGCGCCAAAACCUAUAUCGGGUGUAUAUGCAAGGUGUGUGGUCUCAGAUAUUUAGGAUGCAAAAUGCCACUAGCUGCCGUGCAAGUAUUUGUGUCGAUAAAAUAAGAAAGGGUUUUUUUGUUGAUGCUUAGCAAGUGCACGCUGUCAUGUGCUAAUUGGCCCCAGGAAGCGAAGAUGUAAGAUGUUGGGGUUUAUUGUCAGUAACCCUGCUUGGGAUAUCAAGUUAAUACCUAAAAAGACCCAAAUUCGGACUACGUGCUCAAAUGUUCUUUGCUUACAAGUGCCUUUCCCCAGUGAAGCAGCGGAUUUCCCUGAUAUGGUUUGAAAACGGCCACUGUUGUGAGGAAUGAAUAAAACUAAAACAACCAGGCUGUGAUGUCUCCUGUUACUGGUGGGGAAGUGAAACGAGCUUCACCCAAAGUUUUGACAGUGUCUCUAAUGAACUGUGAAAACUCGGUGGUUAGAAAUUGAUAUAUAAUGUGUGCGCUUUGAACAAAACCAAUAAAAUCAAAUUCCUCCUUUGUAA